UUUUUUUAUUCUUCUUUUAUUUUACCAACUUUGUUUUUUUUUUUUCUACUUUUUACUUACUAUGUCCACUUCUCCAUCCAAUACGAAUCAAGUCAUACCCAGUCAUAUUCCCGCUUGUUCACGCUGUCACCAACCAUUGGGAGACCAACUUGUUAGAGCACUUGAUGGUACCUUUCAUCCUGAAUGUUUUACGUGUCUGGAUUGUCAAGCACCAGUAGCUGCCAUGUUUUUUCCAUUUGAAACACCUGAAGGACAAACUUUACCACUAUGCGAACGGGAUUAUUUUCGAAGAUUGGAACUUGUCUGUGGUACCUGUCAUGAACCUUUGAAAGGUGCUUAUAUUAUUGCUUUGGAUCAAAAAUAUCAUACCGAUCAUUUUAUGUGUAGUGUUUGCUCAACUUCUUUUGGACCUGAUGAUUCUUAUUAUGAACAUGAUGGUAAAGUCUAUUGUCAUUAUCAUUAUUCUACUCAAUUCGCUGUGAUGUGUGCUGGUUGUGAUAUGGCUAUUUUGAAACAAUAUGUGGAAAUCGAUCGAAAUGAAUCUGUAGAACAUUGGCACCCUGAAUGUUAUAUGAUUCAUAAGUUUUGGAGUGUCAAGGUUCGACCAACUCAUACAAAAUCUCAUCAUGGUGCAAUUCAAAAUGCAUCUCAAUUACUAGAUCAACAACAUGAAAUGGAAAGCAAAAUCUUUCGUAUUUGGCAAGUCUUGUCCGCUUUUGAAGAAUCAUCUGCCAUGUGUAUCUCUGAAAUGCUACUGAAUGUAUCCAAUGGUGCUUUUCUCGAAGGUAUUUGUCUCUCUGAACGAUUUUUAGUUCAUGUGGAAGCUCUCUUUGCUGGCGUGGAUGAACUCUGUAGAAUUCAAUCUGAAUAUAAACUUCCAGAAUUCAAAUAUACUCGGGAAGCCAAAAUGUUAUGCAAAAAGAUCAUCAACUUCUUUUCUUUGCUAUCAAAGGUACAAGAUUUGGAAUCAAAAAAACUUGGAAUGACUCAAGAAUUACUAUCUUUGGUAACUGGAUUGGCACAUUAUCUCAAAAUAUUGAUUCGUGUUGCGUUGACUGCUGCAUUAGACUUGGAACAAGCCACUAUAGCAUCUAGCGCUGUAUCCCGAUUAUUGGCAAAACUCAUGGAGGUAGCUGGAAAGGAAAGACAUAGUCGCGACAGUCAACGAUUUUUCAAAGCUAAUAACACAUCGGACAUUUGCCAGUAUUGUCAUACAACUAUUGAAGAUGAAUGCAUCAAAUACACCGAACACCGUUGGCACGUGCCUUGCUUCCAUUGUCGCCAAUGUAAACGUGCUUUAUCCAACGAUUUCCCCAACGCUGUCUUCAACAAUGCAUCCCAAUCCAUCGUAUGUAUAUCAUGUGCCCAAAUCCCUCCCAACAGUAAUGAUUUUCAACUCUUUCAAUAUGUCUCCCGGUUAUCUCAAUAUGCAUUCCUUCUUCGUGUUGCCCUUAGUCGUCUUUGUAGUCUUCUCCAAAUUACAGAUCAGCAAUUAUCAUCAGUGGAAUAUUCCAGUAAAACGAAGCCAUAUAUUAAGGAUGUAGUGAAGGAUGGUGGUGUAUUUAUGAAUGAAAAGCAACAUCAAGUACCCAGCGCAACCAUAGAAGAGAAGACAAACUAUUAUCCAACUCACAUCACAGAUGUCAAGAGUACAGUGUCAUUAGAUCGUAAGAUGUCAAGAUCAUUCAAAUCUGCCAAACGAUCUACAAUCUUAGGAAAUGUGAAUGCCAAACCUCCUCCUAUUGAUGAAAUGGACUAUCCAAAUGAAGAGGAUGAUGAAGAAGAUGUUCAAAGACAAAUUACAGCAACAACCAGUCGCCAAGCACCUGCAAGAUUGGACAGUCUUAUUCGACGUAUGGAUCAACACAAGGAUUUACCACCAUUACCUGAAUCUCGUCAACAACAAUUAUUGCAACAACAGCAACAACAACAACAACAACAACAGCAACAACAACAGCAGUUAAAAAGUAAUAGUGAUGAUCAUGAUAAUGAAACAACAAGUCGACAACGACGUGUUAGUGUUGGACUUGAUGAUAUACCCAUGGUUGGUAAACAAUUUAUUCAACAACAAUCGAAAACAUCCAUCAAGACUCCUUUGACUCAGCCCAACUCACCAUUUGUCCCUGGUACUGGCCUUGUAUCGAAAUGUGUGAUUAGCUCAACUACUGGCAAACCUCGUGUCUAUCUCUCUGAACUCUCUGCAUUACAAUAUAUGAUUAUGCGUCAUGUUGCUGUGGUACAUAUUGAGCCUUAUGUAUCCGAAUUUUUUAGUCAUGAUGAACUUUUACAAUUGAUACAACUUAAGAAAGCAUCUAUAUGGGGCAAAUUCUUUACGUCUUUCAAGAAACCUGGUGGUGUGGCCAAGAAACAAUACAAGGCAAAAGAAGAGGGAACGUUUGGUGUACCUUUGGAAAUAUUGACAGAGAGAACGGGUGUAGAAUCCAAUCUUGGCGCUGGUGCUUCUCCUAUUCGAAUUGCUGCUUUUAUUGACGAUGCAAUCACUGCUAUGCGACAAAUGGAUAUGUCCGUUGAAGGUGUAUUUAGAAAAAAUGGUAACAUCCGAAGAUUGAAACAAGUUAGUGAACAAUUAGAUAAGAAUCCGAACGAUGUAGACUUUUCUUCUGAAAAUGCCAUUCAAAUUGCAGCUUUACUCAAGAAAUGGUUAAGAGAACUUCCUGAUCCAUUAUUGACUUAUCGUCUUCAUCGAUUAUUUAUUUGUGCACAACGGAUUGACAACCCUGCUACUAGAAAACGAGUUCUUCAUUUGGCUUGUUGUAUGUUACCAAGAUGUAAUCGUGACACAAUGGAAGUCUUAUUUUUGUUCUUGCGAUGGGUGGCUCUCUUCUCUCAUGUCACCACUGACGUUGGUAGCCGUAUGGAUAUUCCUAAUUUGGCGCGUGUUAUUGCUCCCAACAUUCUACUCAGUACAUCAAAAGAUCCACUCAAAGAUGAAUCUUUCUUGGCAAUUAAUUCGGUAGAAAUGUUACUGGAAUCCUAUGAAGAAUUUUGCAUGGUACCUGAAGAUUUGGAACCCUUUUUACAAGACAGUCAAUUCCAAGAAGUGAAAGGCGAUAUGUCAUCCAAGGAUUUCUUGAAACGAGUGGAAGUAUUGAUGAAGAAGAAAAGUAAUCAUACAUCAGCAGCACCUUCUACCACCGAUCUACGACUGGCAACAAAUGAUUUACGGAUUACCACCGAUCAUCCAUAUCAUCAAGAAGAACCAAUGGCUACUCCUGUGGCUGGAGCACGACCUCAUAUCAAUCAACAUCAGCAAUCACAUUAUCCUCAGCAUCAUCUUCAGCAUCAUGCACAUCAAAAUACCUCAUCUACUUCCAUUUAUGCUCAACAACAGUACUUGCCUUAUCCUAAUCGACAUCCACAAUCUGAUUUUGUUCCAAGUCCUAUUGCAACCACACGUCAUUCAAGUUUACAUAACCAUUCAUCCAAUUCUGGUAUGAAUGCAAGCACGACAAAUUCUCCCACAUCUCCAGUUGGCAACAAACCUUCUCAGCUCCAUCAUCAACAUUAUCCCCAACAUCAUUCGCUCAAUGAUCCCUCAUCACCGUCUGAAUAUUCUCCUUCUCCGCUACGACCUCCUCCUCAAGAGCUUCAUUCUUGAUUUACUUUAGAUUCAACAUUAUUAGUUUUUCUAUUUCCCUCUUAUCUCUCUUUUUUUAUUUUAUUUUUUUUUUUUAUU